AUGUUGGCUAGGGUUUGCAGAUCGGGAUCUUCUUCUUCUUCUACUGCUGCUAAAUUGAUCUGUGCGAGAUCGAUUCAUCGUUGUGCCGCUAAGAAAGGUACGGUUUCAAAGAGUCUACCUUCUUCGUCAGUCACUUUUGAAGGAGAGAGUUUGAAAUUGAAGAGUGGGUCUCAUUAUAUUAGAAGCUUAGGUAAUGCCAUUGAAUUGUUCGAUGAUAUGGUUCGGUGCCGUCCAUUCCCUUCAGCGAUUGAUUUCAACAAGCUAAUGGGUGUUAUCGUGAGAAUGAAUCGAUCGGAUAUUGUUAUUUCUCUCUAUCAGAUGAUGGAAAUGCGUCGAAUUCCGUUUGAUAUCUACAGUAUGAGUAUUCUGAUAAAGUGUUUCUGCACCUGCGAGAAGUUGCCAUUUGCUUUGUCUACGUUCGGCAAGAUCACCAAGCUUGGUUUCCAGCCUAACGUCGUCACGUUUAACACUCUGCUCCACGGAUUAUGUCUCGGAGAUAAAAUCUCUGAAGCUCUAGCUUUGUUUAAUCAAAUGGUUGAAACGGGAUAUGCACACGAUGUCAUAGCGUUCAACACACUGAUGAAUGGUCUUUGCCGCGAGGGCCGAAUGCUCGAAGCAGUAGCUCUGGUUGAUCGGAUGGUAGAAAAAGGUCAUCAGCCAGACAUUGUUACUUACGGAACCAUUGUGAAUGGAAUGUGUAAGGUUGGUGACACUGUCUCGGCCUUGAAUCUGCUUAGGAAGAUGGAGAAAAGCCACAUCGAAGCCAAUGUUGUAAUCUAUAGUGCCAUCGUUGAUCGUCUUUGCAAAGACGGACGUCAUAGUGAUGCUCAAAACAUUCUCGAUCAAAUGCACGAGAAAGGAAUUUUCCCCAAUGUUGUGACCUACAACUGUAUGAUCAAUGGUUAUUGCAACUUCGGUAAAUGGAGUGAUGCGGAGAGACUGUUGCGUCAAAUGAUUCAAAGGAAUAUGGACCCUGAUGUUGUUACUUACAAUGCAUUGAUCAGUGCAAUUUGCAAAGAAGGGAAGUUGUUUGAGGCUGAAGAAUUGUAUGAUGAGAUGCUCCGUAGAGGUAUAUCUCCUGAUACGUUCACAUAUAAUUCACUGAUCGAUGGAUUUUGUAAACACGAUCGUCUAGAUGAGGCGAAUCUCAUGUUCGAUUUGAUGGCUAGCAAGGGCUGCUCUCCGGAUGUAGUCACUUUAAAUUCACUCAUAGAAGGAUGUUGUAGGGCUAAGAGGGUAGAUGAUGGAAUGAAGCUUCUCCGUGAGAUGUCUACAAGAGGAUUAGUUCCUAAUACAGUGACUUACAACACUCUUAUUCAUGGGUUCUGUCAGGUGGGCGAUCUUGAUGCUGCUCAAGACCUUUUCCAGGAGAUGAUUUCUCAUGGUGUGUACUCUAGUAUCGUAACCUUUGGUAUUUUGCUGGACGGUUUUUGCAAUCAUGGGAAAGUAGAAAAGGCAUUGGAAAUGUUCAAGGUUAUGCAGAAGAGUAAGAUGGAUCUGAAUACUGCUGUUUAUAACAUUAUCAUGCAUGGGAUGUGCAAGGGUGGCAAGGUGGACGAGGCAUGGGACUUAUUCACUAGUCUUCCACUCCACGGUGUUGAAUCUGAUGUCCAAACUCACAAUAUAUUGAUCAGCGGAUUUGUCAAAGAAGGGAAGUUCUUAAGGGCUGAAGAAUUAUACAGGGAGAUGCUCCGAAAAGGUGUAGCCCCUGAUACCAUCACCUAUAACUCAAUGGUAGAAGGGCUCUGCAAGCAGAACCGCCUAGAUGAGGGGAAACAGAUUGAUUGA